AGCGCUCUCUUUACGCCAUCAACGCACAGCUGAUUUAAACACAUUCCUCUAAAAAAAUUUUUAAUGCAGUAAAUUGAAAUAAUGGCGCUGCGUGUUUUAAAUGUUAAUGUUAUAAAAAACAGUAAAAAUUUAAUGCAAAAUGUGUGCAAACUAAACAGUGCAAUAGCAACAAAUGCGCAUAACUAUGGAACAGAGGUAACCGUUCAAGCAGCGCCAUUAGCUAUCAAAACACAAAAGGUUAGCAAGGCUAUGACGGCAUAUCUGGAACGUGCCAAAGAACAUGAUGAUUUUAUGAAAACACAAAACUUGGAAUAUCAGAUUGGCAAGCGACACUUGGCAAAUAUGAUGGGCGAAGAUCCAGAAAGUUUCACACAAGAAGACAUCGAUAAUGCCAUUGAAUAUCUGUUUCCAUCCGGAAUUUUCGAUAAAAAAGCACGUCCUACUAUGAAACAUCCAAGUGAAGUAUUUCCAGCUAGAAAAGCAGCUGAGUUCGAUGAAACGGGCAGACCAUUCAAUAGUUUAUUUUAUACCGGCAAACCUAAUUUCUUUAAAUUAUUAUUUGAUGCCGCUGAAGAAAUUAAUAAACUGAAUGACUUAGAAGAGCGUAUGUUACGUCGUGGGAAUAAACCCGAUCCCAAUUUAAAAGUUGAUAUUGCUGGUCAUCAAUGGUUAUCAAAAGCUCAACUGGAAUUGGAAUUAGUAGAAACAAUUGCUGAUAUUGAAUAUAAUAACUUUACAAAUGUCAUGAAUCGUUUAGUUACCCUGCCUUUUUCAUAUAAAAGUAAAAGCUUUAUUGACAAAUAUUUAAAACCUUUAAUGGAUCAAACUAUACAAUUAGAGGCACCUAAACCACGUAUUGAUGAGAAAGGUCGUCAGUAUAUCACAACUUAUGAAUGUUUACGUAAAUCUGCACGUGGUGAUGUCACAGUACGCAUGCCAGGUACUGGUAUUAUCACCAUUAAUGGACAGGAUAUUACAUAUUUUGACAAUAUACAAUGUCGUGAACAGAUACUCUAUCCUCUAAGUUUUUGUGGAUUAACAGACAAAGUUGAUAUUGAGGCUAAUGUUGCUGGUGGUGGACCGUCUGGUCAAACUGGUGCUAUACGUUGGGGAAUUGCAAUGAGUUUACGUAGUUUUGUGGAUAAAGAAAUGAUUGAAUCAAUGCGUUUAGCUGGUCUGUUAACUCGUGAUUGGAGACGCCGCGAGCGUAAGAAGUUUGGUCAAGAAGGUGCGCGUCGUAAAUAUACUUGGAAAAAGCGUUAAUACAACAAAUAUUUUAUAUUUGUAUUAUAUUUGCAUUCUAUUAAAUUAAAUAAAACUAGAAUCGAAACUG